AUGGGUCUAACAGCAUCACAACCACCCACCGGCACGGGAUUCGCGGUCGACCCCACGGGCGCGUACGCGCUCGCCACGUUCGGCGCCGGGUGCUUCUGGGGCGUCGAGAAGAGUUUCCAGAAGAAGUUUGGCGCCGAUGUGGAGUUGCUGGUGGGGUAUGCCGGAGGGUCAGCGGAACAACCCACCUACAAACAGGUGUGCACCGGGUCAACCGGCCAUGCCGAAGUCCUGCAGGUCAAAUACGACACGCGGAAGAUCGCAUACGAGCAACUCGUCGAUUUCUUUUUCCGCAUGCACGACCCCACGACCAAGAACCGCCAAGGCGGCGACACGGGCACGCAGUACCGCUCGUGCAUCCUGUACCACACGCCCACCCAGCAGCAGAUCGCAACGCACGCGAUCGAAGACGUGCAACAUCAUUUUGGCGCGCACCGCAUCGUGACGACCGUCGAGCGCGUCGGCACGUUCUGGAAGGCCGAGGACUAUCAUCAGGACUAUCUGACGGUUAACCCGGAGGGGUAUGAGUGUCCGACGCAUUUUGAGAGGAGUUGGGAGAGGGUGAGGGAGGUUUAUGGGGGGAAGUGA